ACUCUCGUGGUGGGACCACUUCAAAGUGCUUUUGUUUGCUAGUAGUCGUAGUCCCUAUGUGUGCAGUCAGUGAGCUGACGUUCUGAGGAUAAUGUCAUCGACCGAGGAGAGAAGCGAUCAUUUGAAAUGUCAUGGACGCGUGAAAAUCAACGUGGGUGGAACUAUCUUUGAGACUACGAUCUCCACCCUGACAAGAGUGGAUAAUACUGUACUUUCUACUAUGGUUGCGGAUCGUUGGCAGAAUCAAGAGGAAUUGUUUGUGGAUCGAAGCCCAACGCACUUUGAAAAAAUACUGAACUACUUGAGAGAUGGAAACAAUUUUAUUCUUCCUGCGGAUUUUGAAGCUAGAGAGAGCCUUCGAAGGGAAGCUGAGUUCUACAAUCUUCCUGGCCUUGCCGAAUUGUGCUCCCCGGGUUUCCAUGUAGGUGAUUGCGUGCAGUGGAAUGAGACCGCUAUAGAAGCAUAUUGGAAACACAUCGCUAGGGCACUAAAUGAUUAUAUCAAAAAUUCUAUGUGUGGCCGCAAUGAACUUUUGAUUGUGGAUCGUAGAUCGCUUCGUCUGUACGAAAGUCCAGACAGCUCCGAAGGCGAAAAGUGGAUGCAUGUGAAGCAUGAAAUGCGAUUCAUGAAAGGAUCUGUGAAGGGGAAUGGGACGUUGGAUGGCGUACACAUCAUUUCACGCAAUCUGCACUACGAUUGGCAAACUAGCCAUCUUUCAUCGCUUCUUUCUGGAAUUUCAUUGUCAUUUGCUCGUUCACAAGAACAUCUGCGCGGUUUCCAUGACUCAUUCGUCGAUAUUCAUCAGCUCCACGCGGCCAUAAACAUAGGAGACAAAAUCCCAUCUCCCAAAUACAUGCGUGUGAAAAUCAACGUUGGAGGUACAGUUUUUGAGACCCACCUUUCCACUCUCACAAAAGUGAAUGACAGUGUGCUCUCCGCUAUGAUGACCGAGGAAAUACAAAAUGGGCACGAAUUGUUCAUAGAUAGAAAUCCCCUGCUUUUUGCCAAAGUACUGGAUUAUCUACGAGAUGACGAGCGAUUUGUUCCUCCAUCUGACGAUGAUGCCAGAGAAGCACUUCGGAGGGAAGCUGAGUUCUAUUAUCUGCCCGAGCUCGUCGAAAAGUGCUUGCCCGAAAAAUUUCAUACUGGUGUUCAAGUAAAAUGGAAGGAAAGCGCUAUCGAAUCGUACUGGAAGGUUUUCGCCAUGGCUUUUGACAGACCCAGCUGCGCACUUUGUGCGUACUCGCACACUGUAGACCCAAAAUGUCUGUUUCCGCAAUUUUCGAAGUCGCGAGAUGGGACACCCAAGGAUGAGUAUUGCUCAGCACUGAAGUAUCAAAUGCGCUUCAUGAAAGGGAAAGUGACAUCGGGACCUUCUGGCAGUCUCCCUGGUUGUUUCGUCAUAUGGGAGAGCCCCUACGACCAGUAUCCCUUACACAUCCCAACGUCUGCAUUGCGUUUAGCGAAGUGAUACAUUCUUUUCUUUAUUACCUUUGUCCAUGAUAUGAAGUGAGCUUUGUAAUCAAUAGUGUGUUCAGUAGCCCGAAAAAUUCUUAUGUAUUUCGAUAAAUGCUUAAGCAUU